UCCUCGUCAAGCCAUUCUGCCGCAAGACGUCGCAGAUCACGGUCAAAUGACAACAAUAUAUUACUUAAAUAAAUAAAUAAAACUUAAUAAAAUAAAAUAAAUAAAAUAAUAUUAAGUGACUUGUAAAAGUGUGUUAAAAAGUGUGUGAUUGGUGGUAAACUUUUGGGUGCGUUUUUCUCUUUCGGGUAAAAUGGCGCCAUCUAUUGGCGUAGCAGAGUUCUAUGCCGGGAAAACAAUUUUUAUCACCGGUGCAACAGGUUUUAUGGGAAAAGUUCUCAUAGAAAAACUGUUAAGAUGUUGCCCGGAUUUAAACAAGAUCUACCUGUUGAUGCGGCCGAAAAGAGGGCAAAGUACCAAAGAGAGACUCGACGACUUUAUGCAUUGUCGGGUUUUUGAUAACCUUCAAGAGACAUCUCCUAAAUCUUUCGACAAGCUCCAUGUCAUCAAGGGUGACAUAUUGCAAGAUGAACUAGGGAUGUCUAACCAGGACUGGGACAUGUUGCAGAGGGAAACACAGAUAAUGUACCACUGCGCUGCUUGUGUUAGGUUCGACAUGUUCAUCCGUGACGCGGUCAACAUGAACACUGUGGGAACAAUGAGGGCGCUCAAGUUAGCGGAGGGCAUGAAAAAACUGGAGGUAUUAGUCCACGUGUCAACGUCGUACUGCCGGUGUGAGCUCCCGGUGCUGGAAGAGAAGGUGUACCCAUCUGUGCACAGGCCACAGAACAUCAUUCAAUGCGUCAAAUGGAUGGACGACGACCUUCUUAACUAUUUGCAACCCAAGUUGAUCGAGCCUCAACCAAACACCUACGCGUACACCAAAUCUCUGACCGAAGAUCUGGUGUCACAACACGAGGGAAAAUAUCCAAUUGUCAUUGCAAGACCUUCCAUUGUGACGGCCGCUUACAAAGAACCCUUGCCUGGCUGGGUGGACAACUUAAACGGACCAACCGGGCUACUAGUUGGAGCUGGGAAAGGAGUGAUUAGAACCAUGCAUUGCAAUGAGGACUACUUGGCCGAUGUGGUUCCCGUAGACAUGGCCGUCAACGCUUGCAUCCUCCUGUCUUACAUCACUGCCUUGGAAAAACCAAAAGAAGUCCGAGUUUGCAAUAUCACACAGUCCGGUUACAACCCUAUCACAUGGGGACAAGCACUCGAUAUGGGUCGAGUCCACGUCCAAGAGUUUCCAUUCUCGGUGUGCCUGUGGUAUCCAGGCGGCUCCCCGAAGAGCUCCAGACUGCAACAUCUGUUGGCAGUGUUCUUCAUGCAUUUACUGCCCGCAUAUUUUGUCGACUUUCUCCUAUUCUUGACCGGACAGAAAACAUUCAUGAUCAAAAUACAAAAGCGCGUCAACUACGGCUUAGAAGUCCUUCAAUACUACACAACAAAAGAAUGGUUCUUCCAGAACGAUUACUAUAGAUCGCUACAGAACCAAAUAUCUAAAGCAGAUGAUGAGACGUUUUAUACUAAUAUUGAGGUGGUUCACUGGAGUUCCUACAUAAGAAACUACAUAAAGGGAGCGCGGGAGUAUUGCUGCAAGGAGGAUCCUGCGACUUUACCUCAGGCCAGGCGAUUACAUAAACAGUUAUACUACUUAGACAAAGCUGUCCAGCUAACUAUCUACGCACUCAUCGCCUACUUCAUAUAUUACUAUAUCAUACUAUAUUUUUGUUAAUUCAAUUAAAUAAAAUAUUUUAGCUGGAGGCCAUUUUAAUGCAAUUGUUAUAUUUAAAUAUUUACUUAGACUGCCAGCCUGCACAACCGAGAGUUACCUACGUUUAUUAUAUUUUGUUUAUUUACUCCACCGAAAGUAAUUAGUUUUGUUAAGGCUUGUAUCUUUAGCUAAGUUGAUUUACCUGGCACUUCAAAACACACACAAGUAGAGCCUGUCCAGCUCGCCUAUUUCCUUUUUUGGUCUUUAUUAACAACAUAUUAAAAUAAACAUCAAUUCAAUAUUGAAAAAAUGUCAUCUACCUACAUGAGAUAUCGUGUAUGUCAACUAGCAUAUGUCAAAGAUUAACUUGCAGAUGAGGCUCUUUAGAGCGAGUCUCGCGUAUUGAUACUCACACGUGGUCAAGUUACUAGGACUACAUACCUGUAUAAUGUACAUCCCGUCCAGAAGUAAGUGAUUAAACGCGCGUUUCCGUUUCCUCACUCGCGCGUAAAAAGUGCAUUUGGGCGGGACAUACUCGUAUUAUGUAGCCCUAGUAUCUCGGCUACGUGCCAGUGUCGCGUUAAACGCCUCAUCUAAUGUAAUAUAUAAUGUCUAAGAAGCGAAGGACAACAGACUCUGAAAAGAAACUGAAAACGACAUUUGUCGUAUAUUCACGUACGGCAGUGCACAGUUUUAAAUUCACCUCUAUCUUUCUCUGUCUAAACCAUACAAAAGACAGAGACAGACAUACCUACGCAUUUGAAGCUCACAUUGUAAAAUUAUAAAAAAAAAACAGCGUUAUAGAAAUAGUGCUACAUCGAAUGUAUUGACGUGCCAGGUAAACAUAAUUUAAAUAUACGUACGCUCAACAUAUACACAUAUAUACUCACAUAUACAUACAUAGUCUUAAUGCAUUAUAUAAUAUGUAGUUAAGUAUUCUGUAUAUUGAUAUGUUACAUUUUUACGCAUGGGCAGGAUAAGGCAGUCUUACUAUAUUACCGUUAGGGCUGGUACACAUCAGGCAAGUUGUAGCGUAGCGCAUUUUGUUGAUAUAAUUUAUAAUAUUUUUUAAAAUGUUUCAUUUACUUAAUAGGGUUUUUUAAAAUUUAAUAGCAUUUCAUAGGACUUUUGAGCAAUAAAUUAUAUUAUUAAGGGCCGGUUUCACCACUUUCUAUUAAGUGUCUGAUAGCUGAUUCUGGA